AUGAAGUCGGGAAUUUACGGGAUAAAUAACAAGGGACCGAUGCGAUAUAUCAAGCGCCUUUCUGAUACUGUAACAAGCACGAAGUGCUGGAAUAAUAACGGCACUUAUGGUUGCUCCUCCUUGUGCCCUCAAGAGCGCAUAUCUCCAAAAGGAACAUGUAAGCACCCACGACUGGUGGACGUCCCCGGACAGUGCUGUCGUGAGUGGAUGUGCGACAGCCAAACAGUAGAAGAACCACCAUCUUGCCAGCCAAUCUUUUCGAAAUGGUCAACGUGCAGCAGCGAUUGCGGCGCCGGAUUGUCGAGCAGAAGAUCGAACCUGAACGCGAAAUGUGAGCCGUCUACGGAAACGAGAAUAUGUCAGACGAGACGUUGUGACGAUUUCACGCCCGAUGUCGUCCACAGAAAUGAACACCACGUUAGGAGGGGACACGAGUGUAAAGCGACGCAUCGCAUUGGCACACCAGUAACGCUUCGAUUUGGUCCGUGUAGAAGCCGGAAGCGUUACAAACCCAAAUAUUGCGGGUUUUGCUCAAUUCCAGGGGUGUCGUGCGAGUCGCUGCUGAGUACGACGGUUCGAAUAGAAUUCUUCUGUCGAGGUUCGCCAUCACUGUCGACGGAGAACCUUCCGGAACUGCUUCCCGAGUUCUUAGAGCCCGGUGAGGAUAUGUGGACGGAUGAGUCGUCGUCGAGGAAAGAUCCUCAUAUGAAAAUUUUAACAGUGUCAGUGCAGUGGAUACUCAAGUGUAGAUGUCAGAGAAUUCCGAUGACUCCCACUUUAAGCACUGGUGAAAUAAUAUUACAUCGCGUACAUCGAACAGCGGCGCCUUAAAGGUUCUUUGCGUAAUCAAGGCACGGCAUAUCAAUACUUCCGUAGAACGAAGAGAAGUGGUGUUUGAUAGACGGUGACAGUUUUCGUGGCACUUAACUUACAGAAGCAGGUGCGGUUAUCUGUGCCUUUUGUGUAAUGCGAUUCGAGAGUAACUGAUAAGACGAGAAAUAUGUAGACUUUAGUAUUAUUGCUUUUAGGCUUUAGAACGCAAUGUUGAUGGCCGAGGGCUCAGUGGUGUGAGUUGGAGGAAUAUUUCUUUUCUUGUGUGCCUCCAGUAGAGGGAGCGAGCAUGCUUUAAAUUUUACACACCCUAAGUGCACCUUCCAACAAGAGUAAUCGCAUUAAGAUGAAUGCUAGAAGAAAAGCACCAUCCGGCUGUGAGGCCGAGAUAAUAAAAAUGUAUUUUAGAUGUGUAGGUACAUACAUUGCUUAUUUUAUUAACUCGAAUGGGACGUUCAAGUUACACUAGGUAUACAUAAUGUUACUUAUGAAUUAUUCGCGGUUGAUAUAGUAAUCGAUUGUACAUAUUAAUAUACUUAAUAGAGCCGACAAAUGAUUCGUGUUUUAGUAAACAGUUUGAAU